AUGGUAAAACUCGAGAUCGGUUACAAAUUAACCGAAACUAUCAGCGUUCCAUAUAUAAGCCAAAUCUUAUACUCAUCCACUAGAUUAACAUAUGGUGUAGCAGGCAUUAUAACACUUACUGGUGAAGGUUUUUUGCCAGGUACUAUUAGUGUUACUAUUGGUUCUAAAUCAUGCACAAAUCCCCAAUUCGUAGACUCAACAAAAAUCACAUGUACUUUCAGUGCAGAUGUCCCUCCACAAGCAGAUGGUCUAGAUAUCGUUGUAUCCACACCAAAUGGUAACUCUCCUGGAAAAUUUUUCUACAUCUCAGAAACUUUUAGCAACAUUAUUCAACAAGGUGAUAUUCUAUAUUUAUAUGGAGAUUUAUUUACAACAUUUUCAAAAAUCACUAUAGGUUUAAAUGAUAUUUCAACUUACUGCACAGUGACAAACUCCUCACUAAUUACAUGCUCAAACUUACCCAACAUUCCAAGUGGUACUGUAACUAUAACUGGUGGAACAAUUUCAAGCUAUCCAUUUGUUUUUACUCCAAUUAUCGACAGCAUUUCAAAUAAUUUAUUUCCAACCACUGGUGAAAAAAUUACAAUAACUGGUAAAUAUUUUGAAUUGGCUGUUGGGCAACCAUCACAAACACUUUCAAUUAUUUUCGAUAACAGUGCUCAAACUUUUACCACAUUCACAUUAAAAAGCUCAAGCAUAAUAGAAUUUACAAUUCCAUCGGGUAAAGGAAGAGACCAUUUAUUAGCCCUUAAGCAAACAUCAUUUGUUUCAAACUCGAUUGGCUUCUCUUAUUUACCACCAACCAUUACUAUUACAGAUGUAAAUCAAAUUGACGAUACCAUUACUAUUAUUGGUAUUGGUUUCUCAUACGAUAUCACCACCACCACUAUAUUUAUCUCUACCCAAGAACUUACACCAAACUGUAAUAUUAAUAGUGAUACCGAGAUUGUCUGUAGCACUAUCCCUCUUUAUAUUCUUAGUGGUAAAAUAGAGGUUUCCAAUAAACUUACCAAAGCAAACAGUUUUACAUUUUAUUUCAAACCUUAUAUUAUCUCACUUAGCACCCCAAUAUUAGAUACUGCUGGUGGUGAAACUAUUACGAUUUCCGGUAGAUUUUUCGAAACUGUAGACCCAAUCACCAAUUCAAAUAACAACUUCAAACUUUUAUCAGAUGGUAUCGAUCAACUAUCUAUUUCUCAAAUCGACGGAACAACAAUUAUCGCUAAAAGCAUUAGUGGAUCUGGUAAAAACCAUUAUUUUGUUGCACAAUCAAAUAGUGGAAUCUCAAAUCAAGUUCAAUAUUCAUUUGCCCCACCUUCUAUUACAGGGUUUACUCAAAUUAAUGAAAAUCAAUUUUCAAUCCAAGCUCAACAGUUUAGCAUUGACCAAGUAUCAUUAAACACAGUUAUUUUAAAUGACUUAGAAAUCACACCAUCUAUUUCACAAGAUCGUAAAUCAUUAAUAAUCACUGUCGAUGGCAAAACCUCAAAUGGUCAAAUAUUUUUAAAUGUUUCAGGUCAACUAUCCAAUACUCUCCCAAUAUUCUUCACCCCAAUUAUUAAGUCAUUAUCAUUUAAACCAUAUCUUGAUGGAUCUUCAGUUGUAACAAUUAAUGGUCUUUAUUUUUCAAACAAAAACUAUCAAACCAACAGUCAAGUUGAUCUUUCAUUUAGCUAUGUAUUAGACUCUGCUCCAAACACCCGUUCAAUAUUAGAAUGCACUUAUAUUAACGGUGAAUCAGCCUCAUGUAAAGGUUUCAAUGGUUAUGGAAAUGCUAAAUUAUUAUUGAUUAAAACCGAUAACUCUACACCAUACUCAUCAAAUAAUAUAACCUUUUCAUUCCAAGAACCUAAAGUUAUUAAAUCAACAUCACUUUAUUACAAUGCACCAGGAAAUAUCACAAUCACAGCAGAAAGCUUUUUAUCAAAUAGUUUAGAAGUUUAUGUUUCAAAUGUUUCAUGUGCUAAUCCGGUAGCAAUAGAUAAUAAUCAUAUUAGAUGUUUUUACGACGCAAGUGUCCCACCAAACCAAGAUCAAACUUCUUUAACAAUUUCAAUUUUAUCUAAUAACAUGAUUGGUAAAAAUCAAGUAUUCUAUUAUUACGAACCAUUAAAGUGCCCAAAUAACUGCUCCUCUGAUCAAGGUGUUUGUAAUCCAAUUAAUGGUAACUGUGCCUGUAAAGAAGGCUUUGAUGGUAUUGACUGUUCAAUUCCAAAACAAAAACCAUUACCACCACCAAUUGUAGACGGCAACGGCAACUCAAUUAUCAGUGGCGGUACACUUAAUUUUACAGUUUCUAUAGUUUACCUUAGGGAAUUAGACAUUUCCUCCAGUGCAGUUAAAACUCUUUCAAUGUCAAAUGUUCAAUGGAACAAUAAAACUAAAAGCAACAGCACUGAUUCAUACUAUAAAGGUACUUUUGAAAAUGAUACAGCCACAAUCGAAUUAGAUGUCACCUACUACAAAGAUGCAUACGAAUACGAUUUUGCAGGAGAUAUUGUCUCAAUUCCUUCAAAUUCAAUUAAAUAUGUAAUUACCAUUUCAAACUGGCAAUUCGAAUCACCUUUAAACACUCUUCAAGUUAUUUAUAAUUCAAAAACAAAGAAAUAUUACGAUGAUGGUUGCAAUGUUUAUCAAGCUUCAAGUAACUCUGGAGGCAGUACCAAUGAAUCUGUAAGCUGGUUCCAAUUAGUUUCUGGUGGAUCAGUUAUGGAUGCCAAAUUCUCUAGACGUAUGUUUGUUGAUGACACUGUAAGAAAAUCUGAAGUUUCGGUAUUACCAAUUGACGAUCCACUUUACCUUCUACUCAAUACCAAUGACGAAUACUAUAAUAGAUUAACCUCAAUUAACACACCAUUUUUUUCACAAAGAGUUGUUUUAGAUCCAUCAUUCAAUUCAAUAAUUAGAACUUCUUCAGAUAAUAAAUGCGAAAAUAAAUGGAAAGUACCUGUUAUUGCUUCAGUUUGUGCUGUAGGUGGUGUUGCAUUAAUAGCUGGUGUUUCGGGUGUAUUACAUUCAAAAUAUAAAAACAAAAUCUUCCAAAAAAAUUUAUCAAACAAAAUGAAUUCACUUUAAACCCCAAUUAUUAUUUAAUAAAAUAUAUAUUAAAAUUCACACCGUUUUUUUUUUAUUUCUACAAA